AUCGAAACGUCAAAAUAUUCGCGUUUGCAAUCGGUUUCACACGUGUUUUAUUCAUUUCCUUAAAUUUAUUGGUAUUUUUAGGAAAUUUAAAGUGUUUAAGCUGAAUAACUGGUUACAUCUUUGUUCUGUAACGUCGCAACGAUGGCCACAAGUCUCGCAGCCCAGCUGCAGCGUUUGGCUGCCCCACAGACAUCGUUGCUGUACGACAAACGAAAGCAACCGUCGAUCCUUUUCGAUGCCAGCCAGGCCGCUUCCAAGGAUCGGGAAGUAAUCUACGACAUCGGCAUCAGCGGGCUACACGAGCUCAUUCAGUUGAAUUCAGCAUUUGCCCAGUUUGAGGAUACGCUGUUUGAUAAGACUUCGAUCGAUUUACAGCGCCUGGUGGAGAAUAAGGAAUUGAACCAGAAGUUGGACACCAACAUCCGGAAGUUUUUCUUCCAUGUUUCGCCGUAUUUUCUGCUGCAACCGGCACACAAGUGUCUGGAGUGGUUGAUUCGUCGUUUUCAAAUUCAUGAAUUCAACCGGGAGGAUUUUGUUCGGUUGAUUCUUCCCUACCAUGAAACGUUGAUGUUUGUAAGAUGUGUCCAGAUUUUGGCCAUGCCGGGUAAAAAUGAUCCGUUGUACUGGUUGAGUGGAGUGAAGAAGAGCGGAAGUCCUUUGGCGAAAAAGGCAAUCAUCAAUCAUGCUGUCGGGUAUCCGGGAUUUUUGAGGAGUUAUGGAGAAUUUUUGGAACGAGCAGUGCAGGAACUGGACAGUAAAGCGAACGUUCUACAGGCCAUGAUUGCUUUCUAUUGCACAAUAACAAUUGGAGUGUUGGACGCAGUGGACUCGGUUAAUGAGAAUUUAGUCACUUCCAUACUGAAGACCCUCACGAAGGGUUUAAACUCAAAGGCAAUUGAUUUCACUGCCGCCUGCUACAUGAUAAUCGGACACCUGGUCACCAAGGCAAGCUUAGCGAAGAAAGCACUGGAAACCUUUCUCACCCGGCUUUGUGUUCUGAUGCAUCCCUCCCUGGAGGGAGAUGCUGCCAUGGUGAUGGUGUUAAUCACAGACACUCAGAAGAAGCAGCUGGGCCAAUUCUCCGAUAGUUUGGUUGCAUCUAUUUUGGGCGCAAAGUGGCUACCAUUUGCUUUGGCUCGGAUCAAAAAGGAUGGCGUCAAUGUUACACCGCUGUUCCGAGCGAUUUUGGAGAAAUGUUUGAAGAAGAUUUGCCAACAAGAUGAACAGCUCGAGACCUAUGAGAAAUUCUGCGAAGGCUUACUGCUCGGGAUAACACUGGAUGCGAACGAAUCCGAAGCUAUUAUACAAUGCGUACUGGAUUCGUAUUUCCAUAAAAGCAACGCUCCGGUAAUGAACGCAGCCGCCAUGGACGACAAAUCCUCGGAAAUCAUUAGUCUGGACUCGGAGGAGGAAGAUUUCGAACGAAAGGACGAAACCGUCACCCGUUGGUAUUCGGCAUUCUUGAGGCGGCUCGAGACUCAGUACCCGACCGCAUUCGACAACGUUGUCAAACGGAUUAUGAAGGGCCAAGGGAAUUUUUCACAGAACAAGAGAAAUGCUUUGCGCAAUAUUCUUGGAUUUUUAACGCAAGCUUCGUACAACGAAAACGACACGAACAUCUUUGAAAGUCUUUUUCAUUAUGAUGCGGACCGUAGAACGGAUGCGGUACGAUACUUGGUGGAUAAUUUCCAGAACAUCAGUCUUAAAGGCGAUGGCAACUGCGAAUUGCUGAAGGACAGCAUCAAGGAACGAUUGAAUGACGACAACUGGGAAGUAGUUGCAGAAGUUCUGAAGCUGGACACUGCGGAUUUAAUCAAACUGAUAGGGAAAGAUGAGCUCAUCGACAAACUGAUCAAAAUAAGCUUGAAGUGUAUGAAAGACUUGCAGCGAUGGGAAGCGGUCACGUCGAAGGUAAUCGACGUUCUUACGGACAAAAGGCUCUACCAAGGCACAAAUCUGAAUAAGAUCAUAAUCGCUUUGUAUCCCUUCCUGUUUCCGUCGGAAGAUGAUGAACUGGGUGCCGAAAUAGCCCAAAAGGUCCUUGCGUCGGAUUUUUCCCGCAAGCACAACAUCCUAAUGCUGUCGAUGAAUAAAAUGGACAACGUAGACUGCGAAUCGAUUCUGGACACGCUGGAAGCGAUGCUCGGCGAAGGCCAGAACUUCCACUCCAUUCAGGUGUGCUUCAAUGUGCUGUUGGUAGCCUCGUCCCUUCCUCAGGAUGCACCCGUCGCCCUGGCCACUCGGGUGUUCAACUUCGUGAUCCGACUGCUGAGUGGGCGCUUCAAAUACGCUCCUUCGUCCAGUUUGAGCUGUUUGAAGUACAACCGUUUACCGAUGGACAUUCACGUGAUUGCCACCGGGUAUUUGAUCGAUCGAGUUCGGUUCGCCGAGGAGGGCCAAAAUUAUUCCCGGCAAUCGGCGUCGUUCAGUUUGCAGCUCAAGAUUUUCGGUUUGUUGACGGAAAAAUACUUCAGCAUGAAGGCAGAGCAUGGCGAAUCCAAAAAGGUGUUCGGUAAAGAAAUUAGCAAGUUUUUGAAGCGGUUGUAUCCGCAGUCGGAGCAGCGGGUGGAGUUUUUGACUAGUUUCUAUGCGGCACACUUGGUGGAAGGCCAGGUUACCGGGAGCCACAUGAUGGCGGUUCAAUCGGAGAUGCAGGUCAGGACGUUCCGGCUGUUGAAUGCAAUGCUGAUGCAAGUUGAUUUCAACCUGAAUCCGGACAUCCUGGCGAACGUGCUGCUCGGCCUGACCUCCGAGCUUUCCGUCAUCCGCGAGUGCGCCCUGAAAACACUGGAAAUAAUGUGCUCCGGUGACCGUUGCACUCUUGAUCCACCGUACAAAUCGUUCCUGAAGAAGCUACUCAAACGACGCGAAGAGCUCGCAAUGGACGGCGAGCAACUGUCGCUGGUGAUGUUUACGGUGUUUUCGUACGAUCGGAACGGUAAACUGCUGGGCAACGUGCUGGCAGAUUUGGUGAAUAAAAUCAACAGGGAGGACACGCCGGAAUAUGUGGCCGCAGGGUUGCUGGACAUCCUGAAGCUGCUGGACGACGAGGACAUCUUCGUCCAGGUUGUUGGACGAGGUGUGCGGAUCCUGAAACGGGCUGCCAGUGGAUCGUUGGAUGUGUUUGAAUCGAGGCUGUUGAAGUCGUUGGUGGCGAGAAUCAAUCCGAACACGAGCAGGAAUCUGACCCGGGACGAUCGCUGUCGGGAAUUUGUCCACAUGGCAUUGCAGAAUCAUCUUCCGUUGCGGUGCUUCGAACGGAAGCACGUUUCUACGUCGAUUUUGAUGAUUGAGGCGAUUAGUGAGGAACUUUUUGCAACUUUCUCGGAGGCGCAUGCUGCGGAGAUUAUUAAGUUGGUUGUGGAAGCGGCAACGCUGUCGCAGAACCCCGAAACGAACAGUGCUGCCGGAAAGUUGUUUAAGGGAUUGAAAUUGGAUGUUUCAUUGGUGCUGGACAUAUUGGAGUCGAUGAAGGUACCUCAUCGGACCCGCAAUGAAAAAAGGAAGUCGAGGGCUUCUCUGGUACCGACCGAUUCGGUGUUCUCAUCGACGGAGUGGAAGUGCGGAGUAACAUUGCUGGAACUACUCCAGAACAAAAAGCAGUUCAUCAACAAGGUGCGACUAAUUCCGAAGCUGUUUGAGAUUCUGAAAUUCUGUUUGGAUUUUGAAGAACAGUCUGGCGUUGAAUACGUCAAACAGAUGAUUCUGUCUCUGCUGUUCAACUGUUGUGUUAGUAUGGAAGGCAAACCGGAAAAGGAUUCCAGCAUUGCGCCAAGCACUUUCAAGGUGGAGCUAAUUGUGCAGUGUAUUCGUGCGACUCAGAAUCCGCAAACCCACCAUCACGCGUUGUUAUUGCUAGCUCACGUAGCUCAUCUGGUGCCGGAUCAAGUUCUGCACAACAUGAUGGAGAUUUUCACGUUUAUGGGUUCGUCCAUCGUGAGACAUGACGAUGUUUACAGCAUCCAGAUAAUUUCGAAAAUAAUUGAAACAAUUAUUCCCACUUUGGCCAUGGAGAAGUCUGGAAAAAAGGAGGAGAAGGUUGUACCUAUUCUGAAGAUUUUUUCAGAUGUCAUUAUGGACGUGCCGGAACAUCGUCGCAUUCCACUAUACACAAAACUGAUCGAAACCUUGGGCGCCACGGAACAUCUGUGGAUGUUCCUGGGUGUCCUUUUGGAAUCGGAUGUUAUGAAAGGUGGCAAGAAGGCGGACUUGGAUUCCAGUAAGAAGCGACACAAAGUUGAGUCGACUGAUUCACAAAAUUUCAGUAAACGUUUGGAGAUCGGUAUGAACAUCGCCAGAGAAUUUGAACCCCGAGUGGUUAUGGAAACUUGCAACCAACUGUUACAAUACAUUAUGGAGCUGCCGGUGCAGAUCGAGACGAAGGAAGAUCGAAUGGAAGUUGACAUAACGGAUAACGGAAUCUUCAGUGUUGCGAGUCAUACAAAUAAGGAACUGCGACAUUAUCGUUACUCGACAAGCGCGUUUGUGGCAGCGUUGAUUCGAUCGACUGAAAUCAUCAAUAAGAUUGCUUUGCUAGAUGAGAAGGAAACGGAUGCGAUGAGGAUUUACUACCGGGAGCUGAUCGUCAGCAGUUUGGCGUAUAUAAAUGUGGUGGCAAAAAUUGUGGAAAAAGCUCGCAGCGAAAACGACCAACGAGAGCUGAAUUAUUGGGAAGUUGCAUUGACCAAGUGCUACGAAAUUCUGGACGGAAUUGUUUCCCUGCUCGCUCCCAUGAUGAUGAUAACCGUAUUUGGAGGUCUCUUGAAGCAUCGUUUGUUGAUCAUCCGUAUGAGAGUGAUCGACAUUUUCAACAAGAAACUACAAUAUGAGCAGAGCUAUUUCGACGAAAGCCACCAUCCUAAACUGUUGGAUCUGUUGGGGCCACUGUUGGCACUAGUCCGCGGAAUCCUCACCGAGGAAAAUGUAGUUGGAAGUCACUCUGCACGAUAUAAGAUCGCCCAGGAAGCGUAUCUGUCUUUCAAGCAUCUUUCAAAAUUGCUGGCUCAUAAGUAUCCAGCGGAAUUCAAAGCGGCCCUCACCGGAUUGGUGGAAGAAUUGCACGACUACAAGAAGGACCCCAAUUCUUCCAGGUUAGCGUCGUUGAUUCUAUGUAUCGGCGAGGUUAGUGUCAACGUCGGUGCACACUCGAUUCCAUUCCUCCCGAAAUACAUCCCGAUGUUGACCAAAUUCGUUGCCAUACAAGUUCAGAAAGAGGAACCAUUUGAUAUACUAACCAGCAGUAUCGUGACAUCAAUCUUGAAAAUAGUCGACUCUCUGUCUCGCUUCCUGAGUCCCUACCUGAAAUCGAUUAUCGUUGGAAUUGCCAAGUUGCACGCAAAACUCGGCGAUAGUCAAGAUCCUCGCCUAACCAACAUCUCCAAUCGCCUGGCUCAGAUUUGGGAAAAACUUGGCUCUAAUGUUCCUUUACGGCUGCUCAUCCCGGCCAUCGAAGAUAGUUACUCGACGGUUGUUAAGGAUGGCUCAUUGGACGCCAUCGGUCCCCUCAUGAAGCUUUUGUCCAACUCCUUCAACAGCAUCCAAACCAGCGAAUUUAACACCCUUCAAUCAGAACUGGCUGAUUUCUUCCUGUCGGCGCUCCAGUUCCGCUGCGACAACUCGUCAAGCGCCAAAUUCCUGCCGCAAUCGGUCGACAUCGCCGAAGAGCAUGUCAUUAAAGCCUUCGUCGUAUUGAUCCUGAAACUAUCGGAAAGCACCUUCCGGCCACUGUACUACAAAGUGUUCGAAUGGGCCAAUCGCGACACUUCGACGAACGAUCGCGCAAUCACGUUCUUCAACCUGUCUAGUCACGUGGCGGAGGCCCUCAAGCAUCUGUUCGUCCUAUUUGCAAGCGAACUGAUCACAAACGCUGCCCGGCUUCUCGAUGCCACCAACGCUGCCAAGACUACCGACGAAGAAGAUCUGUUCUUCCCAGUACCCAGCAAGAACGUCACCCUCAUUCGCUACAUCCUUCGAACCUUGUUUAGCAUUCUCGUCCACGACAAUCAGAACUUUAUCAACUCGGUUCGGUUCGACACACUGCUGCAACCCAUCGUUGAUCAGAUGGAGAACACGCUCGUCUUUGAGGACAACGAAAUUCGUGGAUUGGUUGUAAACUGCUUGGCCCAGAUGGCGGUCGCCGUUGCGGACGAUACCCUAUGGAGACAGCUCAAUCACCAAGUCCUGCUCAAAACGCGCAACAACGAUCCGGAGAUAAGAUUGUUCGCGCUGGAAGCGUGCACCGAGUUGGCUCGCAAGAUUGGUGAGAACUUUGCGCCCCUGUUGCCGGAAACCAUUCCGUUCCUGGCCGAGCUGCUCGAGGAUGAAAAUCAAGCGGUGGAGAAGGCCGUUCAGAAAACGGUCCGCGAGGUUGAGAAAGUCACCGGUGAACCGCUGCACAAGUAUUUGUGAGCAGAGUAGGCUGCGACAUAAAGUACAUUUGACAGUUUGGAAUAAGUUCAAUUUUCAAAUAAGGUGGACAAUAAACCUGUCAGUUGAUGUGUUUAAAAAGUG